CCGAGCUGUACGGAAUUUAGAAGGGAGGUGCACUUUGCCAGUCUGUCUUUUGAAAGACCGGAUAUAAGGCACACCUGUGGAGAAGACAAGGUUGGAAAGAAGAAGCCGGUGAAAAGUGCAUAAGUAGAGGCUGUUAAAAUCAAUCCUUUCUCCUUCCUUCCUGCUCAUCAUCACCAUUCAUCAUGUCAGCUCCAACUCAAAUGAAAGCUUUAUUCUCGGCUGAAGGCAAGACGGCUAAAGUGCAAGACACUUCCGUGCCAAAGCCAACAGAAGAAGAAAUCUUGAUCAAGAAUGAAGCCGUUACUUUAAACCCAACAGACUGGAAACAUAUGCGCUUGAUGGCUGAGCCAGGUUUGAUUCUAGGAUGUGAUUUUGCCGGUACAGUUGUUGAAACUUCAAAGACUCACAACACCGUCAACAAGGGCGACAAAGUAGCAGGUUUCGUUCAUGGAGGCAAAUACGCCGAUCGUGGCUCAUUUGCUGAAUAUCUCAAAACUGAUGCCAGGUUGGUCGUCACAGUACCUCAAGAUGUAGAAGUGGAACGUGCUGCAAGUGUUGGAGUUGGUGGCUACACUGCUGCUCAAGCACUGUUCCAACGUCUAGGUCUCAACUUACCUUCUCAAACGGCUACCGAACUACCUCAAAUCAGCCCUGAAUCUCCUCAAGUGUUGAUUUGGUCAGGUUCUACAUCCGUUGGUCAAUGGGCAAUCCAACUUGGUCGUGCAGCAGGCUAUCACGUCAUCACUACUGCAUCUCCUAAAAAUCAUGCAAUUUUAAAAAAGAUGGGUGCAGCAGAAGUUUACGAUUAUCGUGAUGAAUCUGUUCCUGAAAAGAUCAGCAAGGGACAUCCUCGUUUGAACGCCGCUUUGGACUGUAUUUCUGAGAAUGGUACCCAAAGCUUGGCUGCUAGAUCAUUGGGCAGCAAAGGCGGAAAAGUGGUUGUCUUACUCAAACCCGAAAAGGAAGCUAUGGAAUUGCGUAAAGAAGUUGAAAUCAUUCAUACUCUUGCUUAUACUUGUUUGGGUAAACCUUUCAGUUAUGGACGUGCAGAGUUCAAGGAAGAACAAGUUCAUGCUGAUCGUGAUUUCAUUAUCAAAUUCGCAAAUGGAAAUCAAGGAAUCUUUUAUCACCUUUUGAAGAACAAAUUGAUUACUGGUAACCGUAUCAAAGUAUUUGGUCAAGGCAAAUUGGACGGUAUCCUGGAAGGUUUAGAUCAACUUGAAAAAGGUCAAGUUUCAGGUGAAAAGCUUGCUUUUACUUUGUAGGCAAACAAAAUCAGUUAAUUUGUAGGAAGUCAUAAUGCCAUGUUUUAUUCCAUAUCUGUCUGUAUCAAAAAGUCAUGAGACC